AUUGUCUUUUUCCUUCUUCACACUUAUUACGUAUUUGUCAGGUUUAGUCUACAUAAGCUGCCUUCACACCUCACAAAAAUCCAGUGACCUUUCAAAACGUGACGUGUUGCCCUUGCUGAUUAGAGGACGUGUAAUGAACAGGAUUAGAAACACAUGUGCGGGUCUGAGAGCUUGCAUCGACGAGGGUGAGAGUUCUUAAAGCUGCAGCUUGACAGGACCGGCUCUUGCGUCAUCAUUCCGCGCCACGUGCCAGUGCGGGACAUCGAGCAUGGACCACCUUGGAGGGUUACUCCUUCUCCUGGCGCUUCUCACCUGGCAUCGUCGUAUCUGGGGUGCUGCAGGUCACGUUGUGCCUCGCUGUCAGCAGGUGGAGUUCAGGUGCAGCGAUGGCUCCUGCAUCCCGAGGCUGCGCGUAUGCAAUGGACACAAGGACUGUGAGGACGGCUCAGAUGAGCGUCAGUGUAGUGGCCACGGUGUUGACGGUCCCGUGCGAUGCGGCGCGGGUGAAUUUCCAUGCAGCAGCAGCAGCAGACGCUGCGUCCCUCUCCAGGUGCUCUGCGACGGCAUGGACGACUGCGGCGACGGGUGGGACGCGUCCCGGUGGCCGUGCGCCUCGAGGCCGCCUCGUCCUCCGUGCGCAGCAUCAGAGUUCCAGUGCGGGGACGGGCAGUGCGUCCGCCAGGCCUGGAGGUGCGACGGCGCCUGGGACUGUCCUGACGGCAGCGACGAGGACCGCUGCGAUCAAGAUGAGUGUCAGAUCAAUAACGGAGGAUGUUCUCAUCACUGUGUAAAGCAGCCAGUGGGUUUCAUCUGCCAGUGCCCUGAUGACAUGAGGCUGGUUGGGGACAGUCACUGUGAGGAGGUCGACAUGUGCCUGGAGGUAGACGUGUGUGACCAGGUGUGUGUACACACAAACACCAGCCUCACCUGUGCCUGCAACCAGGGCUUCCGCCUGAACGCAGCGUCCGGGGAAUGCCGAGCUGAAGGAGAUGAAGCUCAGCUGGCGUUUUCCUCCUCUACAGGCCUUCACUGGAUUAGAGUCAGUGACACAGAGCUCAGAGAACUGGGGCCACGCGGAUCAGGACCAGGACCGGUGGCAGUCCUGGCCUCAAAUCGAACAUUGUAUUGGGCCAAACAAGGACUAGGGUCCAUAUACAGUGUCUCCCUGGAGGCACCGCCACGAAAGGCUGCAGUGGUUCUGAAGGUUCAAGGUUCUGUGUCCGGUCUGGCUGUGGACUGGGUCCACCAGCUCCUCUACUGGACCAGUGUGGAGAGCGGCUCCGUCAGCAUCGGCCUGCUGGACGGUUCUGCUCACCGUCGGCUGAUUACAGGACUGGACAGACCUUCUGGACUGGCUGUGGAUCCUCUUCAAGGGUUGCUCUUCUGGACUCAGUGUGGCAGUGCCCCAAAGAUCGAGCGGUCCAGCUUGGACGGCCAGGACAGAACGGCUCUGGUCACGUCCUUCAUACGACGCCCUGUUGUUCUGGCUCUGGAUGUUCCUCGCCAGCUUCUGUACUGGGCUGACCAGCAAAUGAGAACCAUCUCCAGAGUAACCUUUGACGGCCGUCACCGUAAAACUGUGGUGGAGUCUAACGGCUACCUGGACCGGCCCUUUGGACUCAGUGUGUUUGAGGGUUUCGUAUAUUGGAGCGAUGAAGUUACUCGCUCCAUCUGCCGAGCCAACAAGCACAACGGCAGCCAGCUGCAGGUGCUGCUGAGAAACAUCACCUCACCGGGUGACGUGGUCGUUUUUCAUCCUGCUCUUCAACCCAACGGCCCGUCUGUAUGUGGACGCUCUGGGGCAGUGUGCCAGCACCAGUGUGUCGUCAGCCUCCUGUCUCAGACGCCCGAGUUCCGCUGCAUUUCUGCACUGAUGGAACCAAACCGGACUCAAAGUCCUGCCGUCUCACGCCUUGCUCCUGCAUCAUCUCCAUCUGACCCUUUGUUUGCUGAAGUCCUCUUUCUUAUCACGUUCCUCAGCGUGCUGCUGGUGGGGACGACUCUCUGUUGGUGGAGGGAAGAGUUCAGGCUGCCCGGAUCUCUCACUGUCCAGAGCCUCUCCCUCACAGAGUCCCAGGACCCGCUCAUCACCCAGCAGCCACUAGAAACUCCUAAGCCGGACUUAGGUGAAUGACACAGAUGGUCACCUGACUGGACCUGGGGCUUCCUCAACCUCUACAGUGACCUUGGAGAGAUAACCAGCUUCAUCACUGUUGGCUCUCUGACUCCUGGAGGAAAUCAGUUUAGAAAUUACAGAAGACAGUGUUUUCAGACGUUAUUCUUACUAAUGGAUGAUAAUUAGGAUUUGUUUUUUGUUAGUAACGUCUGACGUGUUACUUGUUGUUUUUUCAGUUCCAUUUGCCUUUUGCACAAUACACUCGGUUUGACACUGCGAGGCUGUGGUCAGUAAAACACUGAAAAGAUACUUAAUGCCUUUCAUCAAUUAAGUCAUGUCUAAGGUACGUCAAAGAGUCCAAACCUCUGUUCAGUUUAAAGAAGCAUUAUGGAUGCGGAAACGUUUAAAUCUCACCACGAAUGUCUGUGACAAACAUCUGAAACAGUGGCCUCACACAGUAACAGCCCCCUUUCAUCCACUAAAGGAUCAUUAAACAGCUGUGCUUAAAGUUGCAAAUGAUGCUUCGCUGGGGGUAAAAGCUGGGAACAGGGAAACUGCUGCCAUGGCUCUUUCUGAUUUCUGUUGGUCUCUAACUGUGCUGAGCUAAUUAUUAAUUUACAUCGAUCUGAAUCGACUCUAAUGUUGGAUGGAUAAAACCUGGCUUGUUUAAUAGCAAUACUACUGUAUAUAAAAACAUACUGUGAGUACCUGGGCUGAUGCUUUGAGUUCUGAACGCUGGGACUACACUUAAGAUGAAUUACUUCUGUGUUAUUGUAGUGUUUGGUUCAUUUUGUUUUUUGUUUCCUUUAAUUAUAUAAGUAAAAAAAAUUCAAUGUUACUAAUUCAAAGAAGAUAAAUGUGAUUUUAGUUUUAUUUAUUUUUGUUAAUAGUACUGUACAUAGUACUGAUAGUUCUAUGUUUUCACAAAAAUGAUUCAAAUAAAUGCUUUAGUGCUUUUUCUUACCGCUG